UUUCAGGGAGAUAAACUAUGGGGUGGAAGAUUUGUUGGCAGCAUAGACCCCAUUAUGGAAAUGUUCAAUUCUUCAGUGUCUUAUGACCAGAGGAUGUGGUCAGCUGACAUCAGGGGAAGUCAAGCUUAUGUAAAAGCCUUGGAAAAGGCAGGACUUGUAAGCUCAACUGAAAUGGAGAAAAUUGUAACAGGCUUGGAUCAGAUCCAUGAGGAAUGGUCUACAGGCACAUUUGUGUUGACAAAAGCUGACGAGGAUAUUCAUACUGCCAAUGAACGCCGCCUCAAGGAGCUAAUAGGAGAACCUGCCGGAAAGCUCCAUACUGGACGCAGCCGAAAUGAUCAGGUUGUAACAGACAUGAGGUUGUGGUUGCGAGAUUCCUGCUCUGCUCUUUACUUGCAUUUGACACGUCUGAUCAGGACCAUGGUAGACAGAGCAGCAAUAGAAGUUGAUAUACUUUUUCCAGGCUAUACCCACAUGCAGAGGGCUCAGCCUAUACGUUGGAGUCACUGGAUUCUGAGCCAUGCAGUUGCAUUGUGUAGGGAUGCAGAAAGACUGGGAGAACUAAGAAAGAGGAUAAAUGUUUUGCCACUUGGCAGUGGUGCAAUAGCUGGAAACCCUUUAGGAGUAGACAGGGAACUUCUACGCAAAGAACUCAAGUUUGACUCUGUCAGUCUAAAUAGCAUGGAUGCAACUAGUGAGCGGGACUUUAUAGCUGAAUUUUUGUUCUGGGCCUCUCUUUGCAUGACUCAUCUUUCUAAGAUGUCUGAAGAUCUCAUUAUCUACAGCACCAAAGAAUUCAGCUUUGUUACCUUGUCAGACUCCUACAGUACUGGGAGUAGUUUGAUGCCUCAGAAGAAGAACCCUGACAGCUUGGAACUUAUCCGAAGCAAAGCUGGACGUGUCUUUGGUCGAUGCUCUGGCUUCCUUAUGACACUGAAAGGCCUUCCUAGCACCUACAACAAGGACCUUCAGGAAGACAAGGAGGCCAUGUUUGAUGUUUAUGAUACAGUAUGUGCUGUACUCCAAGUGGCCUCUGGAGUGAUCUCCACAUUGCAGAUAAACAAGGAAGGUAUGGAGAAAGCACUGAGCCCCGAUAUGCUGGCUACAGACAUUGCUUAUUAUCUGGUCAGGAAAGGGAUGCCCUUCAGACAAGCACAUGGAGUCUCUGGUAAAGCAGUUCAGCUAGCAGAAACUAAAGACAUUGCUCUCAAUAAACUCUCCUUGGAGGACUUGAAGAGCAUCAGUCCACUCUUCAGCAAUGAUGUAUCCAAGGUGUGGAACUACACGAACAGUGUGGAGCAGUAUACAGCGGCAGGAGGAAACAGCAAAGAGUUGUGUGGUGGCACAGGUUGAACAGCUGAGAACCUGGCUACAAAAUCACAAGAGCCAGUGA